AUGUCGGGACAGAAGCCUCGGUCGAGAUCCCGGUCCAAACCGGCGGCGCUGGACGGCAGCGAUCUAUACGCCGCCGAAGCCAUACUCGACAAGAAGACGAACGCCGAGGGAAAGACACUCUAUUAUAUCAAGUGGUUGGGUUGGCCCCACCACUCCAACACGUGGGAACCGGAGGAGAACAUAGCCUCGGAUUCGCUGGUUCAGGAGUUCGAGGAGAGGGUCCAGACGGGCGAGACCUAUAAGCAGAUGAAACGUCGGCGCUCUCUGGAGGAGAAAAACGCUCAAUACGUGGCUGCGAGUGGUUCCCAGGCGUCGACCCAUAAAUCGCUCAAAAAGGGCGCCGAGAAUCACCACAAGAAGGCCAAACACCAUAAGCAUGAGUCCCACCACCGCAAGGCGGACACCGGCGCCGACCACCGCUCCCAUAAGGCCGACCCAUCACUCAUUAAUUUUAAUACAUUAGUCGACAGAUUGAAAGUUACGGAAAGGGAGGCAAAGGAUGCCAAGAAGUCCGGUCGCCAAUCGUCAAGAUCGCCGUCCGUCAAUGCCGGCUCCCGGCGCUCGUCCCGUCAACCCUCCCGUCGCAAUAGCCUAAUAGCGGACGACCAGACAGUGGGCGACGAAGACAUGCGAGGAAUGCCUGACCCGCACCACAUACUCACACGAAGAGUUUCAUCAGAUUCUGAACACUCUGUUCACUCACUCGUUGCUAAAAAACCCAACAGUUAUUACUCAGACUUCGACACCCAAUCAUCCCUAGAGUCGAGCCCCGGGGUCGCCAUUGAUGGCAAACCCGUUAACAGUGAGCGUGAGGUCCAGACCUACCUAAACUCUGGCGCAUAUGAGCCGCAAGUAGUGUUAGAGCGACUGCCGAAACUAGUGUUAAAGCGAAUGCUGUCCAAUAGCUAUAAGCCCUCUUACGAGGUGUCCAUCAAAACCCCCCAUAAUAACGAUGACAAUGAUAAUGACAUAUCAAUCGCCGUCACAGACAGUAAGGGCUGCGCCGAAGAGGUGAUAAGCGAUGAGUUAAGCGUUGAUAAAAACAAUGGCGUGAAUAGCGAGGUGUUAGCCAAAAGCGAUUUGAAUAACAAUGACACGAGUGCUGAGAGUGUAUUGCAAUGCCAUGAUGUAAAUGCCCGCAAAAUUGACGAUAAAGUUGUCAUUACAGCGUCAGGUAUAGACAGUACUGACACAGACAUAGCCACUGUCCAAAGCAAAGACCCAGAGGUUGUGCCAGAGGUUAUAGUCGAGAUACCAGUCCCGUCCCCCGAGUCCAGGCGCUCACCGCACCCGCAGACUGUCCGCGACGGUGGUCUCGAGGCGAUUGUCGCCCCAAACAGUGGUUCCAGCGAUGCUGGCGUUGAUCUCAGCCAACACACGUCGUUGUCGACUGUGACCAUUGGUGGGGAAGUGGUCUCCGAAGAGGUUGUUACCGAAGAGGUCGCUGAAGAAGUGGUUACCGAAGAAAUGGCGUCCGAAGAGCAAACGGCUCUCAAGUCGAUUGUCAUCGCUUUGGAUGGGUCCACCGGUGAAGACAGUGGCGUCGAAGUGCCUGUCGUUGAGUCGAUCGAUCACCAGAUGAUCACCACUGAUGAACAAACAGCUGAGGAAGUGGUUGACACAACCGAUGAGAAUCCGAUUAAAGAGCCUUUAGUUGAAGAGGAAGAGGUGAUUGUCGCCGGAGAUUGCCUUGAAAUUGAAGCCAACGAUGACUCGGAAACGGCGACUACUGCUCAAGAGUUAGCGCAAGAAGUUUGCGAUAAAAGUGCGGACAUUGACACGAACUCCGGUGAUAGCGCUCAAGAGAUUGUUGUUGUGGUGGUCGAC